UACGCUGGAGAUGUUCCUUACAUUACGAUGUUUAACUGAACCAAAACGAAAACCAGAAAGAAUCUCCAUUUCGACAGAGGAGAGACGAGAUAGAAUCUCACCUGUUUGUUUCCACAAGAAAUGCGGUCCAUACAGCUGGGAUUCUCAGUAUCUCCCUCAUCUAUUAACAACAACCUUCUUAAUUUCAAUUUCAAGAAACAAUCUUUUUUUACUCCUACAAGGGUUUCUCAUCAUCAAUACUCUCUCCCCACAACAGGACUAUGCAGCAGAGCGAGUCAAGUGGUUGAAUUGUUCCCUACUGUAUCUCCAGGGAUAGUUGUAAGGGAAGCAAGAUUAGAAGAUUGCUGGGAAGUGGCUGAGACUCACUGCAGUUCCUUCUUUCCUGAUUAUUCCUUCCCUCUACAUUUUGUGCUAAGGGUUGACAGGCUGGUAGCAAUGCUAUCAGGAUUCACUAUACCAAAUGGCUGCAGAAGAACUUGUCUGGUUGCUGUCAUUGGUAGCACAGGUGAUCAAACUUUCUAUAUUGGAAGUGAAGAUUUCAAAAUUGGAGGUUCUGAUGGGAAUUUCAGUCUUAAUCGAGGCUAUAUUGCUGGGAUAUUGACCGUGGACACUGUUGCUAAUUUUCUCCCAAGGAAAGGCCCACUCAGGCAGAGAAGGACUGGAAUUGCAUAUAUAUCGAAUGUUGCUGUUCGGGAGAGAUUUCGCCAGAAGGGGAUAGGUAAAAGGCUCGUAGCAAAGGCAGAGGCUCAAGCUAGGAACUGGGGCUGCCGUUCCAUUGCUUUGCACUGUGAUUCGAAUAAUCCUGGAGCCACCAAACUGUACAAGGGGCAGGGUUUCAAAAGUAUCAAGGUACCAGAAGGUGCAAACUGGCCGCACCCCAAAACCUCUCCAGAUAUCAAAUUCAACUUCAUGAUGAAGCUUGUAAACACCCCAAUCACAACAUAGAAUUUUUAGGAGCACACGAAGAAUUGACAAGGAUAGAAGACAUGAAGACAAGACACGAAGACAACGAGGACAAAGAAAACAUUUCUGUACAAAAAUUUAUUUCAAAACUGUCCUGUAUUUAAUCUCUCUUUAAUCAAAUAUAUUUUUGUCUUUUCUGUCCUUUUUUAUACUAACCAAACACCGAGUGAUGCCUGUAAUGUACCCUGUGCCUGUUUGUGUGAUAGAUGACAUUUUUGUAAAGCUCAAGGGACUUGGAUAAGAUGAUUUACUUGCUACUUCUGCCCCUUGAUGUUUCAAAUCUAUUUUAUUUCUUGCU